AUCUGUUAAGAGUUGGGCCACGAGUCAUUAACUCCCCUCUACUUCCACGUUGUGUGUGUGUGUGUGAAUGUUAAGCUUGCUUCCCAUGAUAGUCUAAUCCAGGAAAUCAGAGAAACCCUAUGGCAGGAAUGGCAGGAUGCAAGAAACCUGUGGGCCAGGUCUGAGGUAAUGCAGUCUGAUUGUAUUUAGGUGAAGCUUGUUGAAAUCUGUGCAGAACUGGCUGGAGUAAAAUGAUGUCUGAGAGGGUCUAAACUGGUGCACAAGAAGUGUCUGAUGCAGUUCCCAAGGGAGGACUACUUCUAUGGAUUGCUUCAAUGGUUCUGUUCUGCUGGAUGCUGAGACAGCCACUUGGCCAUUUUGUGUACUGAACCAACAGGCAAAUUAAGGAGUUACCACAGAAAACUGGGUUUCUCUACACAAUGAGGAAAGACCAUGUUGGAUCACUAGGACAUUCUUUGGGGUACCACUUAGUAAAAGUUAAUAGAAAACUAAAAUAACCCAAUAAAGGCAAUAACACUGAGGAUUCAGACUCCCAAGGAAUGAAGGUUGAAUGUAAAUAACCCCAUCCAGCUGGAGUGAUGAAAAGGGAAUGUGGACUAGGUAUGGAAGAAAGUUGUAAUGUUAGCUAUGGCCUUGUGCUCAAUUGCAGGGUAAGGAGGAGCUGGAGACUAGGAGUUAUUCUGACACAUCUGUAGAGUGGUAGAUAUAAUGGUGGGGGCAUGGUGAUGUUUCAGUUUUCUUGGAGAGGUAAGAAGCUAGAUGUACCUUAAUAAAAUGCAAAUCUGGUUUUCUUUUCUAUCUUGGUCUGAGGAAGAUUGAACAUGAUCUGAGAGAGUGUAUCUUCUCAUAUGUCUGCAUAUGGUUAGGUCACAGAAGUCAAAUCCUUGUUAGCUUCAGGUUUCUUUCUCCUGGGUGUGUUUAUGGGGAAUUAGGUUGUAGUGAGAGAUUCUGCCACCCUGGGAAUCUUUCCAACAUGUAUCUUUCUUGGUAGUACCCUGAUGGCUUCUCAUUGCCCAGAGGGUAAAAGCCUAAACUACACUUGAAGUGAUUUUAGGAUAUUCACAGUCUUGCCCAUGCUUGUUUUUAUGGCUUCUGCAACCAUCCUGUUUUACCUCCCAAAAGGUAGGCCCCAGUCUCAUAGGACCACUGUCUGUUAAGUAGGCAGUGUUUAAGCAUCUAUACAUGAGCUUCUCUCCAACCCCACCUUCCCCCCAGAGUAUAGUUAGGUGCGAUCUGUGACUAAUCAAUCACUGCUCAAGGACUCUGAGAGCAUUUGUCCUGAGAAAUCCUGGGUAAUUACUUUGUCUUCCAGGAGUUCCUCUGGGAUCUAGCCUCCUCUGGGAUUUAGGGCCCCUUAGGCCCAAGAAUGUGUAGAAUGGGAGAUAUGAGAAGGGAUGUUAUAGAUGCAGGUGACAACUCCAGAGGUUGUUCCUUCACACACCUUAGUGAAUGAAGGGGAGCCUAGUCUCAGGCCAGGAUCCUGGAAUCACCAUCAGAUAGACUGGACCAGCAGAGUUGCAUUACCAAAUGUAAAAUUUGUGCAGACUGACAACUACUGAUUCACCAGAUCAAGAUGAAGCAUCCAUAAUUGAGCAGCUGAAGCCCAUAAGCCUGAUCCGUGGCUGCGGCCAGCUGCAAGUGCUGGCUGUGUGGUUUGUGAUUCCUGGUGAAAGUCUUGACACCAGAGAUGGGUCCCACUUGUUUCCCAGGGGAGAAAAAUUCUGAGAAAUUAGGUAUAUGAAACCUCAUUUGAUGCUUCUCUCUACUGUAAAACCAACCCAUUAUGUCCACAUGUAAAAAUUAUUAACAUGGCUCAAUUAAACAGCAUCAACAGGAUGGAAACCCCAGCAGUUGGACUUAGUUAUGUUUCUUUAGGGAAGGAACUUUCCACAUCCCUUUGGGCUCCUUUUUAGCUUUCUUCCUCAGCUCUGAGGCACACUCUGAGGUAUGGCUAUCUGGAGAACAACUAGAGGAAGGGGGUAGAAUUUAUCUUUAUCCCUUCCUUUUUCUCCCUUCAUUACCGAACCUCCCCAUCAGGUUUAUUUUUCACAGCAAUAUCAUCAUAUCCUGUGGGUAUCCACACAAGCAGAGAGUGACGGCGUGGAUGUAUGUACUGGGUUGUUUAUUCACAAUAAAGAGUGGUGUGGUUGAGGUAGUCUAAUAUUUUCUAGAAGUCUGAGGUUACAUCCAGGAAUUCUGCAAUAAAGUGUCAAAAACUAGUAAGAUCUUGUUCUGACAAGAUUUAGUAGAUAUAGAUAUUCUAACUUAACAGGAGUUUUCUGUCCUUCAGUUGAAGGAAUGAAUGUCUAAGCCUGAAGUACAGCCAAUAAAUGUUUAUGAAACAGCUACUUGGAGGCACUGUGCCAGGUGCUGGCCUUGCUGCAGCCUUGGCCUUUCUUGCAUGGGAUUGACAAUCCAGUAGGGAAGACAGUGAUGAACAAAUAAUCCCAAUGGGACUAAGUGCUGUGGGAACAAGCACAGGAUGCUGUGGAAAUAUAGCAGUGGGUUCUUUUCUGGUCUGGGAGAGAGGUUUAUGAGUUGAGCCUGGGUUUCUUUUGCCGAGAUGUGAGAGACUUGGAGGAGUGGAUUGGGAGAGGGGCAGGGUGAGAUUAUGAGUUUCAAUUGGGGACCUGUUGAGCUGAAGAUGCUUAUAAUAUUACACGAGGAAAUAAUCAUUAAACAAUUGAUGAUACAGUUCUGAAAGUGAUAGUUUUACCCAUGAGAUUUAUAUGGUAAUUGAUGACAUGGGAAUAUGCAGGCUUUUUAGGGCUGGACACAGAAAAUUAUAAGAAUAUAGUGUCUAAGAAAAAGCCCAAAGAAGCAACAAUAUAUAUGAUACCAUUAGAGAGAAACCAGUCACAGUUACUGAGAAUAUAUGCCCAGGGAAGUAUAAGAAGAACCAGUGGGAUCACACUGAAGAUGAAAUGAGAGUGUUUUAGAGGGGAGGGAAGAGUCAGUAUGGUUACAAGCUAAUUAAUGAAAAAUGAGAAAAUAAGUCUGAAAAGUGGCUUGGAUUUAGUGAUAUAUUUGUGGUGACAGAAAGUACCAUUACAAAUAAUGAGUAAAACCAAUUAUUGAAGAGCAACUAACAGACUACGAAUCACAGAAAUAUGUUUAUUUUUAUUCAGAUAUUUAAUGGACACUGUGACUUUUCCCUUAAGACACUGGACACAGAACAUGACUGGAAGAAAUCAAACUAUCAUCGCAUACUUCUUCCUCCAGGGCCUGCCAAUUGAGCCAGAGCAGAAAAACCUGUUCUAUGCCCUGUUCCUGGCCAUGUAUCUUACCACUGUCCUGGGGAACCUCCUCAUUAUUGUGCUUAUUCACCUGGACUCCCAUCUCCACAUACCCAUGUAUCUGUUUCUCAGUAAUUUGUCUUUCUCUGACAUUUGCUUCUCUUCUGUGACCAUUCCUAAAUUGUUACACAACAUGCAGAGCCAACACUCAUCCAUCCCCUAUGCAGGCUGCUUGGCCCAAAUGUACUUCUUCCUAUUUUUUUCAGACCUGGAGAGCUUCCUGCUUGUGGCCAUGGCCUAUGACCGCUAUGUGGCCAUCUGCUCGCCCCUGCACUAUGCCACCAUCAUGAGUCCCAAGCUCUGUGUUUCCCUGGUGGUGCUGUCCUGGGUGGUGACCACAUUGCAUGCCCUGUUACACACUCUUCUCAUGGAUAGACUGUGUUUUUGUGCUGACAACAAGAUCCUCCACUUUUUCUGUGACAUGUCUGCUCUGCUGAAGCUGUCCUGCUCUGAUACUCGAGUUAAUGAAUUGGUGAUAUUUAUCAUGGGAGGGCUUAUUCUUGUCAUCCCAUUCCUACUCAUCAUCAUGUCCUAUGCACGAAUUGUGUCCUCCAUCCUCAAGGUCCCUUCUGCUCGAGGCAUCUGCAAGGCCUUCUCCACCUGUGGAUCCCACCUGUCUGUGGUGUCACUGUUCUAUGGGACAGUUAUUGGUCUCUAUUUAUGCCCAUCAGAAGAUAACUCUACUGUUAAGGAAAUGGUAAUGGCUAUGAUGUACACUGUGGUGACCCCCAUGCUGAACCCCUUCAUUUAUAGCCUGAGGAACAGAGACAUGAAGGGAGCUGUGGGAAGAGUCUUUCUCAAAAAGAAAACUUCCUUCUCUGUAUGAU